AGGCACUUCGGUCAGGCUUGGAUACUGCUUUGGAGUUUGGAUAACUGGAGCCUCUUCUGUUAUUUCUGCUGUGUCUUCAUUUACUGGCAGAUCUGCUGCUUCUACCAAAUCUUUGUUCAUAGCGCUUUUUCCAGGUCCAUACCACGAGGGUCGUCCAGCUUUGAUCCAUGCCUCUUGCUGUUAUUACAGAGUAUAAAAGUCAGAGCUCAAAACAGUGCAGACGCCAGAUCCCGACACUCGGACUGCUGGAAACCCAUCUCUGAAGCCAUGUCCACACAAAGUACAAACGUAGCUUUUCUGAUUGGGACCAUUGCCAUCCUGUCCCUGAUUAAAACUGACUGUGUUGCUGUAAAAGAAGAUGAAAAGGGAUUCAUACUGUGUGUCACAUCGAGGAGAGGAAUGCAAGACUACUCUAAUCAAAACCUGACGAAUGUUCCCUCAAAUCUACCCGACGACACGCAGUAUCUGGACAUUUCUCACAACUCUAUCCGAAGACUGAGCGGAGCUUCGUUUUCUGGGCUGUCCCAGCUUUGUUGUCUGAAGGUAACUCACUGUGGCCUGCAGGAGAUUUCUCCCAGUGUGUUCAGUCACACACCAGCACUCAAAGUUCUCAAUAUAUCUUUCAAUGACUUACCUAUCGUCCCUGACAUUUCAUUGAAACAGCUGAAAAUCCUCGAUUUGGCUUACAAUCUGUACAAGAGCUAUCGAAUUCCAGCAUCAUUUCAGAACCUCGCAAAUCUGGAUGUGCUGUCAUUGGGUAGUCCAACUGCUCUGUCGGUAAACUACAAUGACUUUGAUCCAUUGUCCAACGUUUCUCUGAGUCACUUGGUGUUGGGAGCAGGAAUCCGCUGGCAAAAAUAUGAUUCUGGUGCCCUUGCAAAACUGAAAUCUCUUAAAACAAUUUCAGUUUUUGCAUCGUUUUGUGGGGAGGCCAGUAUGUUUCAAAACCUCCUUGCCGACGUGAAUGUGACAGGAGCGAAAUCAUUGAGAAUCAUCACUCUAUUCCCAGACAACUGUAACGUGACCGGGAACUUUUUUGACAGCCUGAAAACAAUGCCACUUUUAAAGAAUCUCACCAUAGAAAACACUUGGAUAAACAGUUCAUUUAUGGAGGUGUUUAUGAAGAAUGUGUGGUUUUCCCACCUUUAUGACCUCUCAUUUGUCAACAUAACUUAUAAUGAAGACACACCAGACGGGUUUCAGUUUCGCACCAUAAAUCACUCGGUCAAUAUCUGCUCCAUUACCUUCAACGGUGUGAAGCAUUACCAAUACAAAUACCCCCAAAUCAACAUGAGCUUAGAGGCUGUCUCAAAUCUGACCUAUUUAAAGUUCUCUGGGACCGGAUUGAACAUUUUACCCUGCAAUCUCUUAUCUGUCCUGCCGUCACUGGAGACACUGGAUCUGUCCGAUAACCUCUUAAAGGAUACAGGCUUCUGGUGGUUUCUCUGCUUGCCCACCUCAGUCUUCCCCAAACUCAGGAGACUGUAUCUAAGCAAGAACCGCUUCAACAGUCUUGCCUUCAUCUCUGAAAAGACAAAUCAGAUGAAGACAUUAGAGUCUCUUGACCUUAGUUUCAACUCCAUCUCGUUGGACGGGGAUUGCUCUUGGCCUGCUCAGCUGAUUGAGCUCAGCCUGGCAAACAAUAACCUGGGCAACAACGUCUUUAAUUACCUGUCGGUGGACUUUGAGAAGAUUGACUUGUCAAAGACGGGAAUAACAGCCAUAACGCAAAAGGAUCUGUCUCGUUUUCACAAGCUGACACACCUCCAACUCAGCUCCAACAGCAUCCAGGUUAUUCCUGCAGAUCUCAGCGCUCCAUCUCUGCUCAAUCUCUACGUAGACCAGAACGCAAUCACAUCCAUUUCCAAGUUGGCAGGACUUUCCAAGCUUCAAACCCUCAAAGCUGGAAACAAUCCAUUUGUCUGCUCAUGUGACUCCUAUUGGUUCGUCAGUGUUCUCAACAAGUCUUUGCUCGCGGACUGGCCCUUAGAUUAUACAUGCAGCACGCCGCCAUCUUUUGCAGGAGUGUCCCUCUCAGAGUACAAAACCAGUGAGCUGUCAUGUGAGAUGUGGCUUCAAGCUGCGGUUGCUGUCCCUGUAUUAAUAAUUAUAUCUGCUGCCAUAGGUCUGGUUUUCUAUAAAUGUGACGGAGUUUGGUAUACAAAGAUGUUAUGGGUCUGGAUCAGGGUGAAGAGGAGAGGCAAGAAAAACUCCAACAUGUUAAAGAAUGUAUCAUUCCAGUAUCAUGCGUUUAUCUCCUACAGUCACCAGGACUCGGGAUGGGUGGACAGCCGGCUGGUUCGCUCUCUGGAAGGUUCCGGGUUUUCACUCUGCGUUCAUGAGCGUGACUUUGUCCCUGGUGACUGGAUCAUAGACAACAUUAUCAACUGUGUGGAGUCUAGCUACAAGACGCUGUUUAUCCUCUCCAAACAUUUUGUCCAAAGUGAAUGGUGCAACUACGAGCUGUUCUUUGCCCAGCACAGAGCCGUUAACAUCCAGCAGGACUCUUUAGUGUUCAUACUACUGGAGCCCAUUCCAACUGACUCCCUGCCCAAGAAGUUCUUGAGACUUAGAAGUUUACUGAGGCAGCAGACAUACCUUGAAUGGCCGAACGACGAACGGAAGCAGCAGGUUUUCUGGGCAAGUCUUAAAUCGAUGCUACGUGUUGCAGACAAAUCUAUGGUUCUGAAGGAUGUGGCUUUGGCCAUUGCUGAUACAGCAACUUUAGUUACAGACCAAAUCUAGAAAAAUACCCUCUUGUACAGCGAAAAUGUUUUUCUAUUUGAAAUUGUUAUUCUUGUUCAUAAUAUUUCUUCGUCGUGCAAUACAAAUGUGAGUGAUCUACAAAUCUGCAUUCCAAAGUUCAGCUAAUGCUAACACAAGGCUUCAGAAGUCAAGUUAGACAAAUCAGGUUAGUAUUUUACAAAGAUUUUGUCUUUCUAGUAUGAAAUUGCUUCCACAAACGCCAAGUCACACACAGUAGGAAUAUAAUACUGAAAAGACUAACUUUGGGAAAUACCUUCCCUACUAACUGAAAAUGCUAAAGCUAAUACCACCACCAUUAGAUCUGCCGCUUAUACAAAAUUGGAGAUAUCAAUAAUAUGUUGUAAAAAGUCAAAAUUACAGUUACAUUUGAACACAAAUCAAGCCUAAUUAGAGGUUUCAUUCAACAAAAGAAGAAGUCUUAAAAGGUACAACAAAUACAACAUAUUUUUGUAACUGAUACAAAUAUAUGUAAUUUCUAUGCAAUGUAAUUUACCAGCAGAGAAAAAUAUUGGUAUUCUGCUCUGUGGCCUAAUGUUUGUGUCAUAUGUUGAAAGCCACUUUUAAUUUAAGCAAAUGUCUCCAUCUACUGUUUAUAAUGAGUCUUUACACCAUAAAGUAUGAAGGAAUGAAUUAUAAGACUGUGUUACACUGUUAUUCAAUAUUUCUAAACAUAUGCAAACAUUGAACUUGCUUAUCAGGGUCUCUCUUGUAAAUGGCUUAUAGUGUAAUUUGUGUGGAAAAUUGGGUUAUCCUUGUGUAUUUUAUAAAUAUAUGUUAAGGUGGUAACUUC